AUGGCAGACUCCAAACCACCGGGCGCGAGCGACAUGCUCAACGGCGCCCAACAGCAGGCGAAGACGCCCCAGGAAAUCGCCAAAGAACACAACCUCCUUCCCAAACUCCUCCCGAACCUCGACCGGCAUCUAGUCUUCCCUCUCCUCAACUUCCAGGAGGAAGAGACGCCCGAGGAUGAAGACACGACCGAGAUCACGCAGCUCAAAUAUGGCCUACUCAAACAGACGAACAUGAGCGACUUCGUUGGCGACCUCUACGCUCAGCUCAACAACCUCUCAGAACGGCCACAAGAGUUUGCGAAAAAGCGCGAGGAUGUGCUGAACCAACGGCAGCAGUAUGAAGAGCAGACCGAGAAGAUUCAAGGCCUGCUGUCUGAUGCAGAUGUCAUCGGCAACCUCCGCGCAGACAAAGUCAGCAACAUGAACUACCUGAAGGAGACCCACGGCGUGACCCCCGAAAUGGUGGACGGACUGUACGCAUACGGCCAGUUCCAGUAUAGCUGUGGAGACUACAACAGCGCUGCAGAGUUACUAUACCAGUUCCGCAUCCUCAGCACCGACAACGACAAAGUCAAUGGCGCCACAUGGGGCAAGCUCGCUAGCGACAUCCUGACCACCAACUGGGAGAGCGCCAUGGAGGAAGUGGCCAAGAUCAAGGAGAGCAUCGACACGAGACUGUUUAACAACCCGCUCGCUCAGCUGCAACACCGCACUUGGCUACUCCACUGGUCACUGUUCCCAUUCUUCAACUACGAGCAAGCCCGCGAUACUCUGACGGAAAUGUUCUUCUCUCCCGCCUACAUCAACACUAUCCAGACGUCGUGUCCAUGGAUCCUUCGCUAUCUGGCUGCGGCUGUUAUCACCAACCGUAACCGACCGGGUGGCAAGAACAGCUACGCCCUCGGCAACUACCAGAGGCAGCUGAAAGAUUUGGUGAGGAUCGUGAGGCAGGAGCAGUACGAGUACAACGAUCCCGUCACUGGCUUCAUCAAGGCACUGUACGUCGACUUCGACUUUGAGGAAGCGCAGAAGCGUCUUUCGGAAGCCGACGAAAUCCUGCGCUCCGACUUCUUCCUUGUCGCCGCCUCUGAUAAUUUCCUCGAUGCCGCUCGCCAUCUGAUCUCCGAGAGCUACUGCAAGAUCCACCAACGGAUUGACAUCAAGGACCUCUCCCUCCGCCUCGGCCUCAGCGCAGAAGAAGGCGAGAAGUGGAUCGUUAACUUGAUCAGAGAUACCCGAGUAGACGCCAAGAUCGACUACAAGGCCGGCACUGUUUUGAUGAAUCACCCGCCGCAGAGCGUGUACCAGCAGGUCAUUGAGCGGACAAAGGGUGGUUUCUUCAGGACACAGGUACUGAGUGCUGCGGUGGCGAAGUAA